AUGGUGCUUGAGUACCGGCAACUGUCCAAGCUGAAGUCAACAUACGUGGAUGCGCUGCCCACGCUGGUCAAUCCGAAUACGGGCAGGAUUCAUACUGAGUUCAAGCAGACAGGAUCGGACACGGGGCGUCUGUCGAGCACCGAGCCGAAUAUGCAGAACAUUCCUGUGCGAACCGAGUUGGGGCGACGGGUGCGAAGCGCGUUUGUGGCGGAGAAUGCACCGGACUGGACGCUGCUGGGCGCGGACUAUUCGCAGAUAGAGCUGCGGAUACUGGCGCACUACUCGCGGGACGAAGGGCUGAUGGCGGCGUUCCUCAAUGGCGAGGAUAUCCACGCAGCGACGGCGGCGAGCGUCUAUGGUGUGGAAAUCAGCGAUGUUGACGCGGAGAUGCGGCGGGUGGCGAAGAUCAUGAACUUCGGCGUGCUGUAUGGGCUAAGUCCGUUCGGGAUACGGCAGCAGACGGGGUUCAGCGCGGAGGAGGGCAAGGCGUUCAUCGAUACCUACUUCACCAAUUAUCCGGGCAUACGGGGGUACAUCGAGGGCAUCAAGGAACAGGUGAAGCAGGACGGAUAUGUGGAGACGCUGAUGGGGCGGCGGCGGCGUAUCAACGAGGUUCACUCGAGCAAUUUUCACACGCGGGGGCGGCGGGAGAGCGCAUGGCGGUGA